GUCUGCUAGCCUUUCAUAAAGAGAAAUGGAAACAAGCAAUGGAAGUUCUGAAACAGACUUCAUUCUUCUGGGGUUUUCUGACAGGCCUCAAUUAGAACGCAUCAUCUCUGUGCUUGUCUUCAUCUUCUAUACUGCCACUCUGGUAGGAAACACAACCAUCAUUCUUGUAUCUUACCUGGAUACCCAGCUCCAUACUCCCAUGUAUUUCUUCUUAUCCAAUUUGUCUUUUCUGGACAUCUGUUAUACAACUAGCAUUAUCCCCCAAAUGCUGGUCAAUCUAUGGGGUCCAAAAAAGUCUAUUACAUAUGGAGGAUGUGUGCUCCAAUUCUUCUUUGCCCUGGACUUGGGAACUACAGAAUGUCUUCUCUUGGCUGUGAUGGCCUAUGACCGCUAUGCUGCUGUCUGUCAACCUCUUCACUACACAGUAGUAAUGCACCCUCAGCUUUGCCAGAAGAUGGUGCUGACUGCCUGGUCAAGUGGUUUAGGCAGUACAUUAAUUCUUUUCUCCCUGACUUUGAAGUUGCCAAGAUGUGGGCACCGGAAGGUGGAUCAUUUUUUCUGUGAGAUGCCAGCAUUGAUCAAGAUGGCUUGUGUCUAUUCAAAAGUAAUUGAGAUUCUUGUCUUUGCUCUUGGAGUGGUAUUUCUUUUGGUACCUCUAUCACUAAUUCUCAUCUCAUAUGGAGUUAUCACUCAUGCUGUCGUGAGGAUCAAGUCAGCAGCAAGGUGGCAUAAGGUCCUCAACACAUGUGGUUCGCACCUCACAGUGGUAACUCUGUUUUAUGGAACAAUCAUUUAUAUGUACAUGAAGCCACAGAAUCACACAUCCCAAGAUGAAGGGAAGUUCCUUACUCUUUUUUACACAAUCGUGACACCCAGCCUUAACCCUCUGAUCUACACUUUAAGAAACAAAGAUGUCAAGAGCGCAAUAAAGAGAAUAUUCUGGGUAGAAAAAUGGUCAGCAAUGUCAUGAGUUAGGUGGAAAAAAUCAGAGUGCAGAGAGCUAAAAAAAUAAUAUUGACCUUUUCCAACAGAUGAUGAAUCAACUCAUUUAUUCAAAGAACAUUUUUUGGCUGCUUACCACAUACCAAGAAUUGUAGUAGGCACUGACUUUGUAAGUAAGUAGGAAGUACAGAGAAAUGAUAAGGAGAUAGAUAAACAAGAGAUACAGAUACAAAAGUAAAAUGCAAUCCAUGUGCUUAAAAAGCCUCAAGACUAAUCAGGGACUGCAGAUAAAUAAAUACAUAAUUAUGAAAUGUGGUAAGUACAAUAAUAGAGCUCUGUACAAAGUAUUAAGGAAAGAUUUCACAGGGGCAUUUAUUCUAAUCUAGGAUUAUACUGGACACUGGAUUUUUUUCUUCCCAGACUUACAACAUUUAUGAGAAACAACACUGCCUUUUAUUCACCUGAUACUGCCAGAGGAGCCUUUGUGGUGGAGACUAACUUCUUACCAAUACCCAUUCCACCUUCUGCCUCAAGUUCUAACUGGGCAUAGGACCACCAUGCUGCAAAUCACAUUUCCUAGCCUGGCCUCCACCAACACAAUGCCAGGGAAAUAAUGUGUGCAACUUCUGGAUCAUCUUCUCAAACAUGAAGCCACUUGUUCUGACCUCCCUCCCCCCCUCCCUCCCCUUCCUUUAGGCUGGAAUGUGAAUAUGGAGGGCUAUUAGUGAAGGGAACAGUAAAAUGGAAACAGAACCACCCCACAAGCAAAGCAACGCCUCCAGACCAUUGCAGGAGGAAAAACAUCUUCUGUAUUAUUUCAUGUUAAUUAAGCCUCUAUAUUUUUGGGUCUCUGUGUCAUAGUAGCUUAGUUUUUAUCCUUAUGUGGUCUGAUAAGGAGUUUGGGCUUUUUCCUGUAUGGUAUUUUGUUACCUGGACCAGCAGCAUCAGUAUCACCUGGCAACUCAUUAGAAAUGCAAAUUCAGACCUACUGAAUCAACAGUCUGAGGAUGGACCCAGAAAUCUAUGUUUUUUAACAAGCACUAGAGGCGAUCAGGCUAAAGUUUGAGAACCACUGUUACAGAGAAUAGGGAGACACUGAGUGUUUCUAAACAGAAAAUUAACUAGUUUUAUAGAUUUUAAUUAAUUUCCUUCCUGAUAGAUAUGUAAAAGAAGGUUGAUAUGGACAUCUCAAGGCUUUUAGAUAAGUAGUUUCCAAAUGCCUCAAAUGUCAGACUCCAGGUUAGGUCCAGUCCAUGAGAGACCUUUUGCUCCACCAAUGUGGAGAAGUGAGAAAAAUAAGUUUCACCUGAGAUUAAGUGAAGUCAAUAUAAAAGGUUAUUUUUUAUUUAAUAUUAUCUUCUUACACUUUGGUUUUAUAAUUUUCUUUCUGCUAAUGAGUUAUGGUGGUAGUAGAUGGUAAUUUUUUGGAAAGGGGCUUGAUUCCUUUUUGGUUUUAUUCCUUUUUAAAUGUUUUUAUAAUAAGUUUUUAUUCCUUUUUGCAGGUAACUUUAAUAUUGUCAAUUGUGUAAUCCUUGAUAAAAAAAUCUGAGAGAGGAUGAUGAUAUCAAAAGAUAGGGAAAGCAUAAAGACAAUAUCAAUUUUAUCAUAUUGUAAGGAUUGUGGAAGAAAGAGAAAAGUAUAGAAUGGUGAAAUUGCAGCCACUGGAAAUGAGUAUCAACUUUUCUUUCUGAGAAGUGCUGAUCCUAAAUCCUGACAGACACUUGAUUUAUCAUGUGAAUACCUCUUACUCAAUCUUCUACACUCACUGAAAUCUUACCUCAUCUGAAAAGUCCUUACGAAUCUCAUCAACCAUCCUUUGAAUUCCCUCCACAAUCUGACCAUAUCCCUAUUAUGGCAUUAUCUCAUUUUAUUUAUUUGUUUCUAUGUACGUUUGAGGAGAAGGCAUUGGUGAGCUGUUCAACAACAUAGAACCUCUUAUUCAUAAGUGAUUUUGCUGUGUCUAAAUUGGUUUCUGACAUGAAUUAUAUAUUUGAUGAAUGUACAAUGAUUAAAUAAAUGAAUAGCUUUUAAAUAAGUCUAUGUGAAAUGUUUUUAAUUCUGUAGAAUAUGUCAAGAGUUCAUUUGGUAAUGAAUACUGGAGCAACAUCUUCAGGCUUUUGUUAGCAUUUAGGACAAAGGAAACACAUGUGACAAAAGAGAAAGGAAGGAUAGUAUAGUUUUUCUUUCACAUGCAUAAUAUUAUAGAAUCUUCACAGCAUCCCUUGGAGUACAUAUAAAUACAUACAUAUAAGUAUGUAUUUGGAAACUAUAAAAACAGAAAGAAUAAAAUUACAAGUUGCUUAUUAUCUCAUAACCCAGAAAUAAUGACUGCUAACUUUUUAAUUAAUUUCCUUUUAAUUUAUUCCCAUCCAUAUUAAAGUUUGGGUCAUGUUAAGGACCCUGCUUUAUUUCCACCAAUGUAUGCAUUCACAUCAGAUAUAUCUCCCCUAAGGGAGCAAAAACUGACUCUUGGGGAGAGGCAAAAAUCUUAGAUAGCACAAUGAUUGGUGGCCUUCCAAAGAGCCAGUGGACGUAAACAGGUAUAAGAUAUAACUGUGGUAUUAAAAUUUCAUUAGGAGGGAGAUGGUGAUAAUUAAAAAAUAUAUAUUGGGGAAAGAAUAUCUUAGUAUUAUAGCAUGUGCUUUUCCCUAUUUGAAAAGAUGACUAAAACAAAGAUUCUCCUGGGCCAAAAUGAUAGACAAUAGUAUACAUACCCAUGCUCUAGUACCUGAGAGAGGCAUUAAACGUCUUCUAGGUUAGUGACUGAAACGUGGAUUCAAUGAUUGCCUCGGUUAAUCAGGUUAAAAUCCUGGAAAUUCCCUGGCGUACUAUAAAAAAUUUUUUAACACAAUGUAUUAGGAAAUCAGGAAUUUGAGGAAUCUGACAUCCUAUUUAUUCCUGGUUGUAUUAGUUAUCUGCUGCUACAUAAACAUUUUUUAAAAGAAACAAACAAGACUUCUAGAAAGGAUAAAUAUAGGUUGAAAAUCUCUUAUCCACAAUUCUGAAUCUAAAAAGCUUGGGAAACUAAAAAUUUUCAUAACGCAUUUGGCAGCGCUACCUGACCUAGAACGAUGUGAGGUUGUUUCUGGGCUUUACCUUCAGUUCUAUUGAACAAAAGUAGAUCUGUGUUAAAAGAAAAAUAUUCCUUUGUAAGUGAGAACAGUAUUAGCUAUUUGUCAUUUGUCAGAAACAGCAAAUACUUCUUAAAGAGGACACUCAUUAUUAUCACUAAUUUAUAAAACCAUAGAUUUUCUUUGGAGUUGAGGAUACAAGAGAAAUUAGAACGUUUCUGUUUUAGGAUAUAAUAGUAGCAUCAGAGGAAAUACUGUCAAAGAAUAACAACUUUAACCUAUUUUUAUCAAAGAUGUUUUUUAAUUAUUUUUUUGAGUUCACAUUGGUUUAUAACAUUAUGUAAAUUUCAGGUAUACAUUAUUAUAUUUCAGUUUCUGUAAAGACUGUGUCUUGGUCACCCCAAACAGUCUAGUUUCCAUCCGUUAUCAUUCAUAUAUGUG